AACUAACAACAGUACAGGUUCAAGCACCACAGGAGCCACGUACAGCAAUCCUAUCCCAGUAUUCUGCAGCACCCCGAGUUCAACGACUGGCCCAAUGGUGCCAAUAGCAAAUUGUGUAAAUCCUCAGCUUAUCCAACCACCAACAGCCCCACCUACAACGCAUCGGAGGCCUUUCAAAGCUACUCCAUCUGGUGUGUUUUCUGCAUCUGCGGCUAUGGCUUCCUCCAGGUUUCAUAUUAGAAAAAACUGUAGUAAAAAAUGCACGUGGAAAAUUGCUGCCAUUGUUCUUGCAGUGGUCGCUGUGAUUUUGUCUGCAUGUGUUACUUAUUUUGCAGCUGUAGGGAGAAUGCAGAAAGGAAUCGACGGAACUACACCGUGUAUAGUAGUUGAAGAUGGAAGAUCGUAUGUUAGUUCAACAGGGACGCCUUUAUCGCUUUUAACAAAAGAUGUUGGUCAUGUGAUAACUCCUCAGCCUAUAUGUGUUGUCGUUCCGCGUGAUGUUUCCGAGUACGAAGAACUUCCACCAGGGCAUGAAGAUUCUAGAACUUUACAACCUCAAGAGUCUUGGAAUACCUUCUUCAGCCAUCCAGAAGCAUCUUUCAUGCGAUUUAACUUUUCAGUGCCUCAUGGUUCCCGCUUGGCUUUGCUCGCGAGAAAAAAUGAACCACCCUCUAUAACCACCUACGAUAUUAUGGAAGUAAUUGGGGAUGAGCUUCGUCGAUAUGUCCGUGCCACUUUGGUAAUGGUAGAGCAAAUCAGUUUUUUGCAUUUCUUGGAACCUGGCACUUGGUAUCUAUCCAUUAUAAACGAUGACAGUACUCCAGUUGGUGUGUCAUUUUAUCCAACCUUAGCCAGGGACGUGCCCACGUCCUGCCCAAACAAUUGUCAUCACCAUGGCAACUGUCACCUGGGAAAGUGCCAUUGCUUUCCCGGCUAUAUCGGACAUGACUGUGCUGACAGUGUCUGUCCGGUACACUGCAGUGGUCAUGGGCGCUACGUCCAGGGUUCUUGUCGGUGCGAGGUCGGUUGGAAAGGCACAGAAUGCAAUGUUCCAGUUACGGAAUGUGAAGUACUGGAUUGUAAUAACCAAGGAAUGUGCGUCGCGGGAAAAUGUCAGUGUCGACCAGGCUAUAAAGGACACCAUUGUGAAGAAGUGGAUUGUGUGGAUCCCUAUUGUGCUGGCCAUGGCGCAUGUGUUAGUGGACAAUGUUGGUGUAAGACUGGAUGGAGAGGCAUCAACUGCAGUGAAGCAGACAACAGGCUCAGUCGAUGCUUUCCAGAUUGCAAUAAGCAUGGUGUCUACGACCUCGAAACUGAGAAAUGCGUUUGUUUUGACCAUUGGGCAGGACCAGAAUGCUCUAGAGCAAAAUGUGGACUGGACUGUGGGAAAAACGGUCAAUGUGAAGAAGGUCGAUGUCGAUGUGAAGUUGGAUGGUCAGGACCCAAAUGCGACCGUAAGACUUGUGACGACAGAUGCCAUGAUCACGGCCAGUGUAACAAUGGAACAUGCGUUUGCGUUCAAGGAUGGAUGGGCACGCAUUGUACUUUAGAGGGAUGCCCGGGGAGUUGCGGAGGAAUGUCCAAAGGUCAGUGCGUCUAUGAGGAAGGUCAAUGGAAUUGCCGUUGCGAAGAUGGUUGGGGAGGUCCAGACUGCACUACACCUCAAGAGACUAGCUGCCUUGACGAUAAAGAUAACGAUUCAGACGGACUCAUAGACUGCGCAGACAGCGAAUGCUGCAUUAAAGAUGUAUGCAAGGACAGUCUAAUGUGUCUUUCCGCUCCUGAUCCUCUUGAUAUAUUGCUACGUAAGCAACCUCCCGCGGUGACAGCAUCUUUUUAUCAAAAAAUGAAGUUUUUGAUAGAAGAAGACAGCGUGCAAAGCUACGCUCAUAGAGAUGAAUAUUCGGAAAGCCAAUUCUGGACAGCCUUUGCAAAAAGCCGUGUAUCAGUUGCCAGAGGGCAAGUCAUUAAUAAGGAGGGAACUGGACUUAUCGGCGUUCGUGUAAGCGUAGCUACUGAUCCGCAAUUCGGCUUUACAUUAACCAGACCUGAUGGAUGGUUUGACAUUUUGGUAAACGGCGGCAGUGCAAUAACUCUCCAAUUUCAAAGAAAUCCCUUCCACCCCAUAAAGAGAACAGUCCUCGUGCCUUGGAAUGACAUAGUCGUCAUGGAACCUGUCGUAAUGUCAGCUCUAACUGACACGGACUCUUCAUCACUUUCACAGCAGCCGGAAUCGUGCGAUGACCACGAUUAUGACCACACCAAACCAAUUGUUUAUCAGACGUGGAGGCCCGUAUCGGAAGGAGGAUGCACACAAAGCAGCGCUAUCAUUGCAGAAACUCAGGUUCUUCAGGAAAGUCUUUCAAUCCCCGGAUCGGAUCUCCAUCUCGUCUACCACAGCAGUCACGCCCACGGCUAUCUCUCGACUAUCCAUUUGCAACUCACUCCAAGCAACAUUACUUCCACGCUUCGCUUGGUACAUUUGCGUAUCAUCAUCGAGGGGAUAUUUUUUGAAAAGUUUUUUGAAGCAGAUCCAGAAAUAAAAUUCACCUAUGCCUGGAAUAAGAGGAAUGUUUAUAAACAGAAAGUGUAUGGUUUGACAACAGCCAGAGUGUUUGUCGGCUACGAAUAUAGAACGUGCCGUGACGUAAUAUGGACCGCUCAUUCUAUGACAUUAAAGGGAUAUGAUAUGGACACCUCAGAACUAGGAGGAUGGAACUUAGAUAUACAUCACCGUUAUAACUUCCAUGAAGGUGUUCUCCAGAAAGGCGAUGGCACUACAAUAUACUUUAGACAACAGCCGAGAGUCAUUUCGACUUUGAUGGGCACAGGUCAUCAGAGACCUAUGCUCUGCCCUGAAUGCAACGGCAUGGCGAGAGAAGCGCGACUUUUGGCUCCAGUUGCUCUGACAUCAGGUCCUGAUGGCAGCGUUUACGUAGGAGAUUUCAAUCUUAUCCGGCGAAUUACAACUAGCGGUCAAGUUUAUACGAUAUUUAGAAUGAGGACGACAGACAUGUCUACUCAUUAUCAUAUAACCUUAAGUCCUACGGAUGGUCAUCUGUAUAUCUCUGAUCCGGAGAGACACCAAAUUCUGAGAAUCCAUUCCCUGGACAAAGUUGAAGAUCCAGAGUCCAAUUUUGAUGUGGUAGUUGGCAGUGGAGAUCGUUGUCUCCCACGUGACCGUGAUAAUUGCGGGGAUGGAAAGCCAGCUUUGGAAGCCCGGCUGUCCUAUCCUAAAGGCAUGGCUGUUGCAGUGGAUAACACACUUUACUUUGCUGAUGGAUCUAAUAUUAGAAUGGUGGAUAGCAGAGGUAUUAUCCAUACUUUAAUUGGAGAUCAUCAUCACAAGCGACAAUGGCGUCCUAUUCCUUGCUCGGGCACUUUGAAACUCGAAGAGGCAAAGCUCAGGUGGCCGACUGAUCUAGCCAUCAAUCCUCUGGACAACUCUUUGUAUUUCAUAGAUGAUCACAUGGUGCUUAAACUUACUCAGGACAGAAGAGUAAUGGUCAUUGCUGGACAUCCAGUGUACUGCAGGCCACAACAAAGUCAGUUAAGAACAAGAAUUUCUGGUGGCAAUAUGCUGUGGUCCUUGAUUGGCUUUACUUUUAGUCCAACCGGUACGAUGUACUUGGCAGAAGUUGAUGCAAAAAAUGUUCACCGUGUUCGAAUGUUGACACCAGAUGGUGAAUUGCUCCAUUUUGCAGGAAGAGAAGGACUAUGUGACUGUGAAUGGCAGAACUGCAGUUGUUCAACCAAAGAAGAAGGACAACUAGCCGUUGAUACUAGGCUUCUAUCAGUAACUUCCAUCACGGUUACUGGAGAUGGUGUAGUGCACAUCGCAGAUCAAGGAACCUUAAAGAUACUAUCCGCCAUCCCUUACUUGCCUUCCCAAGACACAAACAAUGAGUUUCAAAUAUCAUUUCCAGAGCAUCAUGAAAUUUACGUAUUUAAUAAAUAUGGGCAGCACAUAACGACUAAAAAUGUUUUGACGGGAAAAACUGUGUACAAUUUUCACUACAAUGUGAACACAAGUUUUGGCAAACUUAGCGCUGUUACAGAUGCAUCUGGAAACAAAGUGGCUUUCUUAAGAGAUCAAGGAAAUAGUUUACAUACGAUAGAGACGGCGCGUGGUCAAAAAUGUCGAGUACAAAUGGGUAAACAAGUCACUUUAGAAGUCUUUGUCGAUCCUGAUAAUAUGGAGACUGUUUUCGAUUAUGACAGUAAUGGUCUUUUAACAAGUAGAUCUGACGCAGCUGGACGAUCAUUCUUUUACGUUUACGACCUCAAUGGCCGACUCUCCCAAGUCAUAAAACCUAGUGGCCAGGAGACAGUGCUAACAUUUGAUUUAGGACCUGAUGGCGCAUCAGUUGUGUCAACAGACCAGAAUAAAGGAGAACAAUCUGUCGUCACUGUCAAAGGGAAUACUGUUGUAAGUCAACAAGGGGCUGCUCCAGUUGAAACAACGAUUCACCAAGAUGGCGUAAUCGAAGUAGAAACACCAUGGCAGCAGGGCCUCGUCUGGGAAUCUGCACCACAUCCUGUUCUGACGGGCACACUACCUGUUCAAGCAGGAAUGUUCCCCAUCCCUUUGCGCCUAACAUCUUUCGAAGGGGACGAGACCAGUACUGUGUCCUCCUGGAGUUACGAUAUAAAGUUCAACAAAAAGGACAAAGAAAGGACCGUGGUGGCUGUUGAACGUGCGCUUGUGGUAAAUGACACGCAGCUUCUUACAGUCGAGUAUGAUUGGGUAGCGGGACGAGAAAUCCUGUACAAUAGCUCUCGCCGUCCCUUUUUAGUAGUACAGUACGACAGUUUUUCCCGUCCUGUUCAGUGGCUUCCAACAGACACCAGGCUGCCUUUGAAUCUGAUGUAUGAACGACUGGGAAGGCUUAGUGGGUGGCAACAGGGACCACUAUCUGAGACCUAUGCGUACGACCGGAUGGGCCAUUUGACUGAAAUCAAAAGUCCAGAUAACUCAGCAAUGAAAUAUUCCUAUGAGUUGAAAACAACGCCUGCCAAAAUCACCUUACCAAGCGGACGAAAAUUUACUUAUCAUUACGAUGACAAUGGAGGCCUUAAAUACGUCACCACUCCCAAAGGAUCCCACCAUACGUUCACAGCAUACGUCUCGAUAGGGUUUUACAAAUUGUUGUACACUCCUCCAGGAAACACCGGUUCCUAUGUGGUACAUUUCAAUGACCAAAGGCUGCCCCUGCUAAAGACGUAUCCUGGAGACCUCGGCCGAGCCUUGUACAGGUACGACGAGAAGAUGAUGCUGACUUCUAUUGUGUAUGGCGGAGGAAAGAUCGAGAGGAAUUACAGUGCAUCCGGAUUCAUCAAUUUUGAAGCUUGGAAGACACAGGAUGUGGAAAUAAUCAGCGAGUUCACAUACCGUGGAUCAUCUCUAACAAGGUGGAAAAUGAAAUUCAACAGCCCAUUUCCUCUAACAAAUGCAGUAUUUACUUACACAUACGAUGGAAUGCAGCGCCCACUCACAGUAGUGGCAAAGAUCGGAAAUGUCCAAUUACAACCAUUGGAGUUCAUCACCAACAUGACCACGGGGCGUAAAGAACAAAUUGGACCUUUCCGUUGCUAUGAGCGGUUUCAUAAUGAAUCUAUUAUAUCUGAUGGGGUAGCUUCUGUAACAAGACAGGUGGAUUCAUUGUAUCGACUCAAGUUCUUAUCUAUUGUCAUCAGUGAUAAAGAGGUAUACAGAGUGGAUAUGCAGUACGACAACCGCAACUUAGUCACUCAGUCCAAGAUCUACAUGAAACACCUCGGUGUUUCCAAGGUCCGAGUGCAAAAUUAUUCCUACGACGAAGAUGGCCAACUCGUGGAAAUGGUUGGGCGCGAUCACUGGAAGUUCAACUACGACCCGAACGGCAACAUGGUCACCAUGCAAUACAUGGGGAACAAGAUCGACAUACUGAAUGACGCUGGCGACAGGAUAGUCAGCUUCGGCGAAACGCCGUACGUCCUGGACGGACGGGGAUUUGUAACCCAAAGGGGCGAAGAAAGAUUUGUGUACAACACAAAACGCCAACUUACCAGGGCAUUUCGUGUUGGACGGUACGACAUAGAUUACUAUUACGAUGGCAGAGGUCGACUAUCCGUGAGGAAGGACAACGUUGGUAAUGUAACACAGUUCUUUUACGCGGACCCCAGCCAACCUUUUGCUGUCACUCAUAUCUACAACAAUGCUGACGGGAGGACAAUAACGCUGCUUUACGACGAUCGCAACUAUCCUAUGUUCAUUCUACUAAACAAAGAAACUUUUUAUAUUGCCACAGAUCAUACUGGUAGUCCGUUGCUGGUAUAUGAUGUCUAUGGAGAUGUUGUCAAAGAGAUUCAUAGAGGCCCUUACGGCCAUGUGCUUUUUGAUUCGAAUCCAAAUUUUUACUUACCUGUGGAUUUUCAAGGAGGAUUAUUGGAUCCAAUGACUGGUCUAAUCCACUUUGCUGACAGAGUGUAUGAUUCGCUGGUCGGUCAAUGGAUGACACCUGGAUGGGAUGACAUAUUGAGAACGUUGUCCAAUCCAAAGAGACUUCAUUUGUACAGAUUUAACGAAAAUGACCCUGUCAAUGUGAAUCCAGGAUUAAAAAAUAAACUAGACCUCAAAGAAUGGAUACUUUAUCAAGGAAUUAAUCUAGAGACGUUAGACCUUGCUGCGAAUGAAGUUUACUCUAGACUACCAUAUGAACCUAUGAACACUGAUUUCCAGCCCCUCCAUUUAGACCUCCCGUCUGUUCCGUUGAUAUCGGGAUUAACGUGCUCUGUGCAACAAAAACUUCAAACAUUUUCUCGCUUAACAAGUGUACAUACAUCUAAAGUUAAGCGUGAACAAUUGUGCGAUUCUUCUCUUCCUAAAAUUAGUACACACAAUGUUCCGUUUGGAAAGGGUAUUACUGUGUCCAGCGUAAACGGUCGCGCGGUUGUCAGAGCUUCAGCAAGAGCAGAAAUCAUAAGAAAAGAUGUGUUCUCAGCAGUUUUCAACAACUGUCACAUUCUUGACUUACAUUUGACGUUCCACGGACAAGAUGUUUUCUACCUUGUGAAAGAUAGCACAUAUCGGGUUGGGGAUGACCUCAACCAAUUGCAAAGACUCGGAAGUUCUGCAGUUAACACAAGUGUGCACGAAAGCAAGCAGGAGGAAGGUGAAGUAGCUAAGCAAGGACCUGGACAUCAGCAUCAAGUUGAUGUGAGAAUUCAUUCCCACCACGCGAUUCUCAACAUUAGGUAUGGAACGACUCCAGACAAAGAACGACAGAGACUCUUGAGGCAUGCCAAGCGCCAAGCCGUGUCCCAUCGAUGGUCUCAGGAAAGAGACAUCAUAUCAUCAAACCAGAGGGGGCCUCUGAAAUGGACAGAGCGGGAAAAAGAACAAAUUCUUAGCAGUGGCUACGCAAGUGGCUACAGUGGGGAAUAUUUCCACGAAGUCAGCUCAUAUCCAGAGCUAGCUGACGAUCCUUCAAACAUAGUUUUUCAUAAAAAUGAAAGACAUAACAAGAGGUGA